UGGAGUGGGGAACAACAACAGCAGCAUGGCAAAACUAACUCACCUGUGUGUGCUGCUUUUGUGGGCAGGCCAAAAACCAGCCCUGACAGCUACCCCAGAGGGACUGCGGGUGAGACAGCAACCCCCCUCUCUCAGUGUGAUGCGGGGUGAAACGGCAACCCUCUCCUGUCAUUUCAAAGUUGAAUCCCUGAAGUAUGGGGUUCAGUGGUUCAAAAUGAAGUCGGAAAAAAACCAGCUCAUCCCAAAGUCAUCCAGGCAGUUCGUUGUGGAGAAGAAUCAAACUUCCUCCCUGGUGAUCGCUGAGGUAACACUGGAGGAUUCUGGGUGGUAUUACUGCGAGGUCAACGUCCUACAGAAAGACCCAGAGUGGGGCAACGGGACCGAGCUGGUUGUGUUAGCACCACCGUCUGCGCCCCAGAUUUACCUCCAGAUUCCCCCGGACCCUCAGACUGGUCAGUGGGCUCUCUUCUGUCUCACUGGGGGCUUCCACCCAAGCGAGCUAACCCUCACCUGGACUUACCAGAGUGCAGGAGCCAUUAUCGAUCACCUACCACUCACCAACUGCACCCUCCCUGCGCCCCACCCUCAUGCUGAGCUGUCUGAACACCUGACUGAUGGAGCCGUGCUGUCUUCAGACCGGUUGGUGAACCCAAAGUGUUUCCAGGUCACGGACAACCACAGCCGGGAAGCGUAUCUCUUCAGCGUGUUCCUCCUCCCACAGAAGGAGUCCUUGGAAACAGGGAUCACCUUCACAUGUAGCGUGCAGGACCACCCUGCAAGGACCAUGGCUUUGACCACCUCCUUCACUUGGGAUGCCUCCCCCAAUGAGCUGAUUGGACACUUGAACAUUUUCAAGAUGUGUUUCCUCUCUGCUGUGACCGCCAUCUUUUUAUUGGAAGCAGUCAAACAUUGCAGAGUACAGGCAAAAUGAUGUCCACUAUGAAAUACAAAAUGAAAUUGGAAAACAAAAAAAGGGACGCUGGUUGUUCCGUGCAGCUCAUCUCGACAGACCAACCUUUGACAAACAGCGUCACGCAAAUAAAGUCAUCACUGAAAAAUGAGAAUGAACUCAAAGGUUAAUUCUGAGUAAAUGUGUUAAAUCCCCUUUAUUAAAGUUUGUCCCGUUCCUAAACCUCUUGCUGUACACUGUUCUAGCAUACCAUGUAUCCUCUAAAUGUUGAUGCAAUGCUGAUUUCUUUCUGCACAUCAAAGCUGUUUAUAUCUACAACUCUUCAUCGCCACGGUGUGCUGACUUGGGUGUUUUUUUUUUUGUAAUCUGCUCAUUGUGCCAGUGGCUGGUAGUUCGCACAUCUUAAACCAUUCAUUCUGGUCUGUGUGUCAGAAUGGAUGCUUCAUGCAUGAUCCACCUGUCAAACAGAUACAGUGAUCAGCUCAACCUCCACGCAGACCUAAUCCUCACUAAACAGGAUUACAGGCGAUGCCAGUGCAUGCUUGUGUGAUAGCAUUGUUUACGUGCGCAGUGUGUGGGGUGAGAUCUUGAUUCACGUGUUUUGGGAACAUUUAAGACCUACGCACACUGCAAAAAGCACUGAAUACUGCUAGUAAUAAUGACCUGUAUCUACAGUGUAACCAGAUUUAGAUUAAAGUGAUUUGGUGUCAAAUAACCUUUUUUUCUGUUCAAUAAA